AUGGCUCAACCAUCGGAAAAACAGUCUCCCAAAGGGGCUGAUUCAACCGUGAGACUUCUCCAAGAUCUUGAAAAUAGCAAAACACUCCCGCUUUGGGCUCAGAUGACUCGGCUUAACCCGCCUGCGCCCAAUCCAACGGCGAUCCCAUAUGUCUGGGAUUACGGAAGCAUUCGCCCAAACUUGCUCAGGGCCGGCAAACUCGUUUCCGAGAAGGAGGCCGAAAGACGAGUGUUGAUGUUGAUCAAUCCCACUAGAGAUGCUCCCUACACAACCGACACACUUUAUGCUGGACUGCAGCUUGUUAUGCCAAAUGAGACUGCUCCAGCUCACAGGCACACUGCCUUUGCCAUGCGCUACAUCAUUGAAGGCAACGGAGGGUUUACUGCCGUUCAUGGAAAAAGAAUCCAGAUGCAAAAGGGAGAUGUGAUACUCACGCCGACCUGGAAUUGGCACGAUCACGGAAAGGAUGGAAAUGGACCUAUGAUCUGGCUGGAUGGUCUCGAUUUGCCUAAUUUUAGACAUUUCCCCGUCCACUUUGUCAACCACUUUGAGCAGCCCCGAUAUCCUGCCGAAAAUGUUGAUACUAAUGCUUCGCCUAUUGUGUUCCCUUGGACUCGCAUGAAAAGCAUGCUCGAUCAGGAUCAUGGUACCUGGACAACCCGGCGAUAUCUGAAGGAAGACGGAAGUGAAGUAAGCCGUACACUUGGUGGCUGCGCAGAAAGAUUAGACGCGUCCACAUCGUCCCCUUCCCGCCGUGAGACUACAUCCGCCGUAUAUCAUGUCAUCGCAGGAAGCGGCAUUUCCAAGGUUGGCGAUGAGACAUUGAGAUGGAAGUCCGGAGAUACAUUCUGCAUUCCUUCAUGGUACAAGUACCAGCACUUUGCCAACCAGGGCGAGUCGGUUUACUUAUACCGCUUUGAUGAUAAGCCAAUGAUUACAGCUCUUGGAUUCUAUCGUACGGAGCAAAUGGAUGUGGAGAGCUUGGUGUCCUAUUAA